CGCAAAUCUAAUAGGUAGUUCAUACUAUAAGUCGUUGGUUUCAAGUUCACCGUCUACAUACACUACACAUUGACAUAUCGACAUAUCUAUAUACAUUGUGUAUUUGUGUGUGUUCUGAUUACAUCGCUUGUUGCAAUUUAUAGUGCAAUAUUUUACGGAACAGUAAGUUUUGUAUUCAAUAACAAAUCAACUAUUAAAAAUAAGUAUAACGAAAUACAAAUCGGUAGCUUAAUAUCAAGUUUUUGACUAGAAAACUUUUUUUAAAUAAAAAUCGUUUCUUUCAUUAUGUCUCUUUUAUUUAAUGUAAGACUAGUUAAAUGCAUAAAAAGAAUUUUGCCUGUUGUUAAACAUAUUCUGAUCAAUUAUAACAAUCGACCUAUAAUGUUUUCUAAUUCAAAACAAAGUAUACUAAACUCUGUUCAAAACAUAUCCCUUUUAAAAAACCCAAAUGCAACAAAAUCAAUAAUCUUUGGAUUUUCAUUACUUGGUUUAUUUGGACUUGACGAUAAGAAUGAAUCGGAGCGUAAACUAAUCUAUACCAUUAAAAGAGGUCUAUUGUAUUUACAAGAUAAUAAUUACAAUGCUUUUGAACAUACAUUACACGAUGCUCUUAAAAUAGCCACUGAUUUAAAUCAUUUUAAUGGUAUUACAUAUGUAUAUGAUAUCUUAGCAAAUGGAGCACUUACCAAUAAAGAUUAUGAUAAAGCAAAAGUAUUAUUUAUUAAAGUUGUUCAACGAUUAUAUCAACAAGGAGGUGUCGAUGAAGAUCUUAAUAUUGUACAUGUAAAUUUGAAGAUUGCUAAAAUCUUAGAAAUUCAAAAAGAUUACAAUUCUUCCAGACUUGGUUUCGAGUUCUGUUUAAACAUUUUGAAGAAAAAGUAUGAAAUUGAUCCAGAAAAUGAAGAUGUCUUAGGUUUAUAUUCUUUAACAUUAGAUGCAUAUGCUCGUCAUUUAAUGAAUCAAGGAAAUAAUACGCAUGCAUGCACUUAUUUUAAAAAGGCAUUUGACAUUAGUGUGAAGUUAAAUGGUGAAUUGAAUGAAAUUAAUGUUAUUUUGCUGAAUGAUUUAGGAACUAUGUAUUAUGUUCGUGGAAUGUUAGAAGAAGCAUUAUACUUCUUUGGAAAAGCGGAAAAAAUUGGGAAACAUUUUCCUGACAUGGAAACAUUUUCAACAAUAUAUGUAAACCUUGGUAAUAUUUUCUUAAAACAAGGAUUGUUAAAAGAAGCAGAAAAACAUUGUGUAGAAGGAAUGAAAAAUGCUAAAAGACAUCAUUAUGAAAUAGGAAAAACAGAAGCAGCCAAUUGCUUAGCUGACAUAAAAAAAGCUAUGGAGUGAUUUAUAUCAAUUGAGUUUAUUUUUUGUUUCUUAAGCCAAAUGUUUAUUUUCAUUUUACU